GCCGGUCGAAUAGAGUUAUUUAUCCGAUAUACAAGUGAGUGUUUUAAUCCACGUCUCCAUUUAGUGUCUAGAAUGUAAGAAGUAAGAAGGAAGUGUUCAAGCCUAACAGAUUUUUAUUAUUCAUUUGACAAGGAUCAGGGAUGUGUGAGACAUCAGUGGAAGGCUGCAAAAGCCAGUUACUGGAAAUCAAGGAAUCUUGGAAUGAAAUCGAAAGCAAAGUUAACUCCACACCAACCAUGGUGUUUUCGGUGAUAGGUGAUUCCAAUAGCUUUGUCCCUAGACCCUGGGCCAAGACAGUGUUUCAGACAGCCCUCAUUGAGGCCGCCAAAAGUGGAGGAGAUACAUGGAUUCUCUAUCGAGGACAUGACUAUGGCGUAUCAUCAAUAGUACGCGAUGCCUACAGAAAAUAUAGCGACUCAGAGUUUGGUUCACAAAGCAGUGGAAAAGACAUCUCCAAUCUUCAACGACACGUGAAAUUAAUUAGCAUUGCUGGGAAAAGGGCUAUAGCGCCGUCGGAUUUGACACAGUGGAACUGUACCAUUGAUCCACGAGAUAAGGAGCAGUUUUUGUUGGACUUUGAAGAAUAUAUUUCCAACCAGGAAGUGGCCUUCUUCAGUCAUUCAAUUGAUUUAAAAAUGCCAGUUCCGGUAGCAAUAUUAGCCUGUGAAGGGGACAUCUCUACUAUCAGACACAUAGCUGGCGCCCUAGAAAGAAAAAUCCCCGUCAUCAUCAUCAGGGGAUCGGGGAAAGCUGCGGACCUUAUUCUGGAUUUUCUUGACGACAACGACAAUCUGGUGUUGAAGGCGAGUCUACUGUUUGGUGUUCGUUUUAACAGCGAAAGCUUCAACGAACUCCAGGAAUAUUUGACGAGGAUCAAGGACAGGAAAGAUUUGGUGGCUGCUUUUGAUGUGGACAGGGAUGACCCGUUAGUACUUUCGAACACUGUCGGCGAAUCUAUUGUUCGCUGUUGGGCAAUUGAUAAAACGUCAAGCGAUCGGAAAACUGAUGAGAACAAAGUUGCUUCGAUAACGGAACACCUAGAGAACAGCCGAGACGAUUCAGAGGAUUCAAGCCAGGAAAACUAUGUGGCAACACCAUCUGUGGUUAAGGUUAAAAUUCUUCGGAGGAAUUCCGUUAGUCCGGAGCCAACGGAAGUGGAUCGCGUUCUGAAGUGCUAUAAGGAGUCCAGGCCGUACGUUCUGAAUCCAAAAUACGCCUCUCCUACUUCCUUGCCAUUGUACUUCUAUUUUGGAUAUCAGUUGCUGCAAGAAAUAAGGAUCUUGGAUCAAUGUGGCCACGUGCUUCUUUUCGAAGCUUUGAAAUCCAACAGAUGUGAUUACGUCAGAGUUUUACUGGAUCAUGGAGUGAUGUUUGAAUUCCGCAACCUGUUGGAACUUUAUGAACAGACAGUUUCGUGUAAUGGGUGCAAUUUCGAGAAAGAUGACUGUCUACACACACAAUGGAUACUAAGGCAAAUUGAAGAGGAAAAAGCGAAAAUAGUCUGCGAUCAUGAUAAAUACAGAUUCUUCAAAAGAGAGAUACAAGAGAAAAAUGAAGAAAUACGACUAUACACCAGAAUCAUGAAUGGAGAAAUCCAUGAAACCAAAAUUUACGUGAACAAUCAAGAGAUAGACUUGGAAAAAUUAACGAAAAAGCAGAGGAGAAGAAGAUUGCAAAAACUGAUCAAUUCCAUGGCUACAAGCCGAAAUGACACGGAGAGUAGUCUAAACCAAUUAACUGAAGACAACGAGGACAGGGUGGCUAGAGCAGCCAGGGGACUAUGUAGGAAAACUCUGGGAUAUAGAGUGAUGCACGAAAAGGAUAAAGAUAUAUCAGAUAUCCUUCUAUGGGCAAUUUUUGCAAAUCGGAAAGAGCUAGCGGAGAUUUGUUGGCUUCGAACAGACGACCAUCUACUGACAGGUCUUAUUUGCUCAGCAAUUCUCAAGAAACUCUCAAAAAAGGCUUAUUGUGUAAAAGAGCAAAAUUUGGGUGCGGAAUUUAAUGAGCAUGCCAAGUUGUUCGAGGAACGGUGUUUGGCCAUAAUGGACCGUUUGUACGAGGAGGAUACCCAAAGCGCCAUAGACCUAAUGGACGACGUGUCCAAUGUUUGGGGAAUCAAAUCCAGCCCGCUGACUUUCGCUCAUGAGAACUUCUUGUAUGACGUGGUGGCACAUGCAUGUUCCCAGAAACACAUGAACCUAGAGUGGUAUAACAACCUAGCUCCGGACCUCAAGCCCUUCAUGAAAUCGAUGUUUCGGAAACCAAGGAAGUUUUUUACAGCACCUGUGACGAAGUACAUGUACAAUUAUAUUACCUUCCUGGUGAUGUUAAUAUUUUACAGCUUCUUCGUACUGACAAGUAUUGGUGAUGAGUACUACCAGAAAAACACAAUAGCUCGAGUAUUUGAAUAUUUUGUCUACUUCUGGGGGUUUGGCGACUUGGUAGAAGAACUAAUCAGCUGCUUUGGUUGUUUGGAGUCAGUAGGCAAAUCGCACCGUGGAUACUACACCCGAUUGAAGAGAUAUCUGUACGACUUUUGGAAUGUGGUAGAUCUUUUGUCUUAUCUGCUAUUGAUAAUGGCGCUGUUUGUACGGCAUCUCGGCUCUUCCUCCCCCAACCAUACCGACGCUAGAAGGAUGUUCUCGUUAUCCCUGCUUGUCAUGUAUCUAAGGUUUUUGGAAGUUUUCCUGGUUCACAGAAGAUUGGGCCCAACGUUGAUCAUGAUCAAGGAAAUGUUGAAGGACCUCCUCAACUUCCUUUUCCUUGCCGUGUUUAUCAUGAUAGGUGUAGGAAUAUACUACCAUGCCAACCUUUGGCCAGAUGACCAGGAAAUCUGGUCAGGAAAAACAUUGAAGAAAGUAAUGUACUACACUUAUUGGCAGCUCUACGCGGAGAUAAAUCUUGAGAUCCUAGAAGGCAAUGCAUCUGAGAAAUGCACUACAGUGAAAUCGGAGUGGUCCAAUUCUAAUCCUUCUAAAGAACGUUGUCCCGAAGACGACUGGACAGUGGGGGUAGUAUUAGCUCUCUACAUGCUGUUAUCCAAUCUCCUGCUGGUUAAUCUGGUCAUUGCUAUGUUCAGUUAUACUUUUGAGAGAGUCCAUGAGAACUCGGAAAAGUUAUGGCGAUUCCACAGAUACACAGUCAUCAACGACUACGUCUGGAGAAUUCCCUCACCCAUCAACCUUAUCUUACUACCCAAGCGCUUUUGUUGUCCCGGGGGUGGUCGUAAAAACAGAUGCAAAGCUGUGUGUUGUAACAAAGAGAAAGUGGAAAAAGAAAGUAAAGAUCACAAAAAAGAAAAGAAAUAUCGAAGAAACCUCCAAAGAAAUGUCGCGUUUGCAAUUUACAACAAACUCUGAUACCCGGAUGUAAAUCGCUGAUGAUUCUGAUUCUGAUGUGAUCUGACAGUGAUUUAUGAAAUUACUGCAUCACGAUGUGUCGCCCAACGUUAGGAGAGUUUUCUGUACGUGAACAUCAGCACGGAAUAGUGGCAAGAUAAUUUAAUCAAUUCCAUAUUAAAGACAUUUUUAUAUAUGUACUAGCAGCAGUGCUUUUUUGAAGAAAAAAAUAUUUUACGUUUUUAGCGGAUUAUAUUCGUGAAUUAGAAUUACAUGCACAUUGUUAACUUAUUAUAUUCACGAAUUAGAAUUACAUUCACAUUGUUAACUUAUUAUAUUCACGAAUUAGAAUUACAUUCACAUUGUUAACUUAUUAGAUUCACGAAUUAGAAUUACAUGCACAGAUUCACGAAUUAGAAUUACGCUCACAUUGUUAACUUAUUAGAUUCACGAAUUAGAAUUACAUUCACAUUGUUAACUUAUUAUAUUCACGAAUUAGAAUUACAUUCACAUUGUUAACUUAUUAGAUACACGAAUUAGAAUUACAUGCACAUUGUUAACUUAUUAUAUUCACGAAUUAGAAUUACAUGCACAUUGUUAACUUGUUAGAUUCACGAAUUAGAAUUACAUUCACAUUGUUAACUCAUUAUAUUCACGAAUUAGAAUUACAUUCACAUUGGUAAUUAGUAAUAUGUUAUUCUACUGUUGCUAUAUUGUAUAUCUACAUCAACGUUGUAUAUGAUAUUUCUAUGACUUUGAAAAAUACUUGUUACAAAUAUUUGAGAUAUGUUAUUAUACAUAUAGUGAUAUUAUGUAUUUUUAUAUAAAUUAUAUAUAUGCCUUAUAUAAAAUAAUAAUCAUAAUAAAAUACAUUCAAUCCAAUGGGCCCCUGGCACCAUUGGUGAGAAUUAUGCGGGAGUAUCCGAGGAUAUUUUACCCCAACUAAUAAUAUGUAUACUUUCUAAUAAAUGAUG